GAAAACGUAACCUUUAAACGACAGAAUUGGAAAUUGUCAAAAUUCCAAUAUUUGCGGAAGAGUUAAUUAAAAAAUAAGGAAGAAUUGAGAUUGUCCUGGAAUUUAUUCACUAGAUAAAAAUUUGCUAUUUUUAAUUAUAAAAAAUCAACGACCAGCAACAAAUUUUUACACUUUCUUCAAAAAAAAAAAAAAAAAAAAAAAAAAAAAAAAAAAAAAAAAAAAAAAUGGCAGUGGACAUAAAUUUUUCCAGUGUAAUAGGAGAAAUUUUCAGCGACACCACGCAAACUCUUAAUGGAGAAAAAUAUGGAUAUGGAGAAAACAUUAAUUGGAUAGGAAUAAUAAUUCCCAAAAGAACAGCUCAGUCCGCAUCAUGCUGCAGGGUAAUGCUUCAAGAAAAUCCGAAAAUUUCAUGCGAUUUAGAAUUUCAUGCAAUUGACGGCAUGAGGUUAUGUAGUUGCGUACAAUUUUCACACAUCGUCACAAAUAAACACUAUCAAAUAACACUUUAUUAUUUAAACUCGAAAAAUAAAGUCGAAAAAGAAGAUUCGAUUAAUUUAACUAACAUAACAAAAUCUACAAUGUACAAUUUCAAGAAACAAUUCUACUUACGUGAAAUUAUGUACAAAUCCGAAAAUAUUUGCAUAUUAUGCAAAAUAAUUGAGAUUAAGAUAACGCCUGUAAAAAUGGAUAUUUCAAAAAAUCUAAUGUCCACAAAAUGCCUCUCUCUAUACGAAGAAAAGAAAUUAUCCGAUUUCAAAAUAAUUUGCGACGAUCAAGAGAUUUACGUGCAUAAAAUAAUUCUCGUGUGUCAAUCGGAUGUGUUUCAGGCAAUGUUUGAAAAUCCAAUGAAAGAAUCUCGAGACGAUGUACUUGUUAUUAAUGAUUUUGAACUAAAAAUUGUAGAAUUAAUGAUUCGUUAUCUAUAUACCGACGAAAUGACCGAAAAAUUGUCUGAAGAAGAAUUGAAACAAUUAUUUUUAAUUGCAAACAAGUACAAUUUGGAAAAAUUAAAAAAAAUUUGCUUGACCGAAUUGUGUAGUCUGAUAACGGAUUAUAAAAAAGCUUUAAAUAUUCUCGCGUUUUUUGAGUCUUACAAUUUUGGCGAUAUCAACGAUUUAAUGAUUCAAUUUAUUAAAGAUAAUAAAGAAAUUUUGAUGUAAAAAAUUGUAACAUUGUUUCUGAGCAAUACAUCAAUUAGAAAUUAAUGUAGUUUUAUGUGAGUACUAAAAUUCUUUGUACACUAAAAAUUUGUUCUAAAAUGUUUCUUCUUUUAGUUUAAACCAAAAAAUUACGUUGUAAAAAUGUUUGUUACCUUUUAAUAAAAACUGUGUGGUGUUU